AUGCCAUUAGCUGUCCACCUAGCAGGGCUUAUCCGUAUCAACUCAUAAUUAAAUAAGGCGACGCUCAAAUUCUCUGUUCUCCCGACAAAAAAUUCAUCUCUUGCAUAAUUUAAAUAUGAGCCUUAAUGAAUCAAUGCUUCCAGAAGGGUUCUAUCUACCCCGGACGGUGGAAACUUAAACCUUAGGGUUCCUGCUUGGCCCAAGUAGGUAGCUUUAGCUCAAAGAAGAGUUGUCGAAGGCCAAACUCCUUGAAACAAAGUAAGGUGGCCACGCUUUUGCGGGCCGAGGAAGAUAGCGUGAAUGACUCAGAACAGUUUUAGAGGUAGUCGUAGAAUUAGCAAUCUGGUAAUGGACUUUAAGCAAAUAAGCUUAUAUAAAUAUAGUAAUUGCCCCACACCGGGAAUUGAACCCACGUGUGGGGCCAUUUUUGGUAUGCGGAGAAUAUUGACUUCCACGAACCAAAAAUGGCCCCACACGUGGGUUCAAUUCCCGGUGUGGGCAAUUUCAAUAAUUAGAUUUGGAUUGGAUCCGCAUCAACUCCGAAAAAAUCUCCAACAUUAUCAUGCGAAUCCUAGGGCCUAUCCUCAUAGUUGCUUUAUUUCUCCUUGUCGGAACAGUGACAUAUUCAUAUUUCAAUGAUGUGCUACCACGGAUUGCACCCUUUUACGGAAUUUACCAAUCUCUCAUUCUAACCUCCCUAGGCUUAUGAUUUUUAUUCAAUAUCCUAUUCAAUUAUAUUAUGUGUGUAAUAAUUGGCCCUGGAAACCCUGAAGACCUUCCUGGCUUCCCUAAAUGUAAAUAUUGCAAAAAGGCAAAGCCACCCCGAGCACACCAUUGCUCAAUCUGUAAAAAGUGUGUAUUGAAGAUGGAUCACCAUUGCCCAUGGAUUCAUAACUGCAUGGGACAUAAAAAUCAUAGGUAUUUUUUGCUGUUUUUGACUUAUAUAACCCUUGGGUGCUUAUUUUAUGUAGGAGUUAGUUAUCCUUGUUUAGGGGCAAGGCCAAGAAUUGCGACUUUACAGUUGUCGUUUGUGCUUUCUGCUGUUUUUUCGGUGGUUAUAGCUGGAUUUGGAGGGUGGCAUUGGUUUCUUGCAUUAAGAGGAAGGACUACUAUUGAACUUUUUGGAAUUAUUGGAGCUCCAGAACUUAAAAGAAUUUAUGAUUUUUCGAGAGGAAGCUGGAGGAAGAACCUUGAGACAGUUUUUGGGACUCAAAGCUUGCUUAUAUGCCUAAUGCCAAGGAUGUCAAAGCUGCAAUUUGAUGGAGCUUAUUGGCCAGAUACGAUUCACAGUAUUUAG